CUCUAAACUGUUAAUCUAUGAUAUUUCCAAUUGAUUCAAGAGUUACUUCUUUUAGCUUAGACAUGCGUGGUUUAAAAACUUUAUAUUUUUAUUACUGUAAUGAAUUCCUAUUGCCAAUAAGCAACGAAUAGGGUAUUCAAAUUCCUAUUACAUCCCAGAUAAUCCUAUUAACAUUGUUUCUCCCGAAGGUCGGUAAUAAAACGUAGAACCUAAAAUGUUGUAAUUACCCUCAUUGUUAUCCACAUUUUACAAGUUAAAACGUCAUGUUUUGGACAAUAGCCGACUUAAACAGGUACCAAAAGUUUGGAUAAUGUUGUAGACAAUACGUCAUAAGUUCGGGUGAAAAUUAAAGAGAUUUACUUUUACUCGGUACCUGAUUGUUGGAGGGGUUAAGCCAGGCUGCGUGGUCUUUUAUUUUAUGACCCAUUGAACUAGGAUCGUACAUAAACAGGAUGAUUUGUCAUAUUUUGUCAGUUCACUCUGGAUUUGUGUACUGAGUGGUUGCUGCUCCCAUUGCUGGCUAACCAGGUGAUCUUGCUAAAGUUCUAGUGUGCGUGCCGGUAUGAAAAAAAUUUUUGGAUUUAAGUGUCUAUCGUUGAAUGAAAAUUUAAUACGAGAAACUUGUUCUGAAAUGGUGAUAGAAGUAUAAAUCAAAACACAGACUUUGAAAACAUUUAUUGUACGGGCAUAAUUACUUAUUCUUAUAAAGUGUUUAAAAUAGUGUUCGUUACAAUAACAGUUCAAAAAGUUCUAACAAUGUCGACUGUUGGUAUGAGUGUUGCUAACACGGAGUUUGAUGCUGCCCAAGCACUGUUGGACCUGCAAAGCAAUAUUCGAGAAACUAGACAUGAGAAUUAUGAUACUAAAGAAUCUGUGGAAACUGCUAAGUUGUUCUUGAGCUGUUUCAUAGCAUCUAAUGUCGGCAAUGCUGCGAAACCGCCACACAAAGCCGUAGCGUCACCUAAGGUUGGGACUGUUACUCCCAUGUAUGCAGUAUCAAAAGGCAUAACUACAACGUCUGAUGUUGCUGUGUCCCCAAAAAUUUCUAAACGAAAAUCUCCUGAUCAAGAAUUAACACGAGCUUCAAAUGCUCAUAACUAUGACAUCGCUGAAUCAAGUAACAAAAGAUCCAAAAUAUUUAAAAGGAAACCUAUAAAACAUUUCACUGUUACUUCAGGUCCUAUUCCCAAGAUUCUAGCUAACAGGGCCGCUAACUCAGCUAAAAAUGAGAGCAGGAGCACGAUUGCUGAAUAUAAAGUAAAAACUCGUGAUGUAGGAACGCAAACUGAUGAAGAAAUUCAACCUCCAAUAAUAGAGACGAUGGAAUUCACGAUAUCGAAACUUUGUGAGAAAAUCAAAUCUCUGGAGGCGCAAAUACAAUCAAAUUCAAAGCUAAGCAAAACAAUCGAAAAGGAAAUUUCUGAUAACGAUGUUGAUUAUGAAGACGAUGACGAUGAUGACGAAUCUUAUAAAGUGAACUCUAAUGAAAAUACAUUCGACGACAGUGAUUUAUCAGAUUCAGAUGAAACAUACUCGGAACGCGAGACUCCUGAAAAACAAAAAUCUAAACCAAAGGCAAAACAAUACGGUUACACUAGUACACCGAAAGUAUUGACUAACAGAAACUCAAUUGCUAAUGCGGAUGACAUGGUGCCAAUUGGAGAGGGGAAUGCUCUUAUUCCAUCAAGAAUUUUCAGACAUGUCAAUUGGAAUUCAUACACAAGUGCUACACGAAAGUUGUUAACCGCAGUUUUUACACGAAGAGUUUUGGCGACUCACUCCCUUACCGGCAAGCCAUCUCCCGCAUUUCCUAACAAGCCUGCUAAGAAAAAACUGGAUCCAGCGUUGGUAAAUGAUAUAGUACAGACGGUAGUUGAGCGCUGUUGCGUGCCUGAAAAUGUCGUCAGAACCAGUAUCACCACAAAAUGUGCUGAUGAGAGUAAAAUGUUUCGCACACGGGAAAAUAAUAAAAAGAAGCGCUCACAUAAAGUAAACAGGGAGAAUAUCCCGCCUGAGUCUGACUCGGACCAUUUUUAAGAAAAUGUUAUACUUAUAGAAUAAAAACCCAAUGAACUUAAUAUCCAAUU